GGUGAGCCCAGAAUAAAUCCCCGGAACAGGGGGCGCCAAGACCAUAAACCCCAACCUUAAACCUUCCUACCAGUACAAGUCGCAGGCGGUGAAAAGAGCUGGGGAAACCGAGAAAACAAUCAAGAAUGAUAUCGAUGAAGAAGAUGUUAAUGAAUCCUAGCCGUCGAUUUUCAUUAAGGUCAAGUAGAACCUUUUCUAUGCAACAGGCGGAGGCUCCGGUGAUGGGUGGUGGUAAGAUUGGAGUGAGAGGGGGGCUAUCUCUGUACAAGAGACUAUCGGCACUUGGUUUUAACGGAGGUACAGUGGCGGAUACUAUGAAUAAUUAUGUCAAUGACGGCAAUUUUUUCGCCAAGUUCGACCUUGAUUCUUGUGUCAAAGAGCUCCGCAAGUAUGGCCAGUACCCACUCGCAUUAGAGGUUAUGGAGUGGAUGAAUAAGAGCGGCAAUGGUUUUGCUCCCACUGACACUGCAAAGUAUCUGGAUCUGACAGCAAAAGUCAAGGGUAUAUCUGCUGCUGAAUAUUAUUUCAAUGGCCUCCUCCCGUCAGAAAUUCAUAAAUGUGCAUAUGGAGCUCUGCUUAACUGUUUUUGCCAAGGAGGACUGGAAGAUAAGGCACAUGCUCUGUUUGUGGAGAUGGAUAAGAUGGGUAUUGUUUCCACGAUUGCUUUCAACAAUCUUAUGACCUUGUAUAUGAAGAUACACCAGCCAGAGAAGGUGCCCGCUUUAAUUCAAGAGUUGAAGAACAGGAACAUGCCACUGGACAUGUUCUCCUAUAGUGUUUGGAUGGGUAGCUACUCAUCUUUAAAUGAUAUUAAAGCCGUGGAAAGGGUGUUCGAGGAGGUAAACCUAAUAUAUGGAAAACAGAACUACGAUUGGACAAUAAUAAGUAACCUGGCUUCAGCUUAUGUCAAUGUUGGACUUGAUGAAAAAGCUGAAUUAACUCUUAAAGAAUUGGAAAAAAAGGUAUUAAAUGUGAAGCGACCUGAUCGUAGACCAUUCCAUUACCUAUUAAACUUGUAUGCUGCAACUUCAAAUCUUGCCGAGGUCCAUAGAAUUUGGAAGGGGCUAAAGUCUGCAUUUAAAGUAACCACCAAUGUUAGUACUCUUCAUAUGCUUAAAGCUCUUGCAAAAUUAGAUGAUGUUAUUGGGUUGAAGAGUAUCUUUGAGGAGUGGGAGUCAACUUGUCCGAGUUAUGAUGAAAGGCUAGCAAAAACGGCAAUAGUCCUUUACUUAAAGCAUGACAUGACUGAAGAAGCUGGAAGGGUGUUUGAGCAUGUUGUGAAGAGGUGUGAAGGACCUUACUAUCGAUACUGGGAAAUGUUAAUGUCAUACUAUUUGGAGAAACAUGAAAUAGAUACAGCUUUAGAAUGCCUCGAAGCAGCUAUAUCAGAAGGUAAGAACAAUGAAUGGCAUCCGACCCCUGAAGAUGUUAACCGAUUUAUGGAGUACUUCAAGAAAGAUAAUGAUGCAAACGGUGCUGAAAUGUUCUGCAAGAUUUUGAGGAAAUUACAACCUCUCGAUCAUGGGACAUACACAUCAUUGUUGGAGAUUUAUGCAGGUGCCAGUCAGAUUGUAAGAUAGCAUCGGAGAUGCGUAGUAGUACAGAUGAUGGGAUUGAAAUUAGCUUAGAACUUGAGUACCGACUCAAAAAGGUUUUACCUUGAAUAGAUUGUUUCUUCACUGUUGAGGUGAUGCCAGACUUGCUAGUUUUUAAAACAUUUUCUAGUUGCAGGGGAGAGUCUGUAUUGAUCAUAUUGAUCAUCGACUUUGCUAAGAGCAAAUAAGUGUAUAUUUGUAAUAUGGAUUUUAAUUAUUUUUUUUUGUUCACUA